UAUUUCCAACGUAAGGUACGAUAUCAAAACAACAUUUCGAUCAUCUGGUUUCACCGGUUCGUCCGACCCAAGUUUGGUCCGGCUGUUCGGAUUUUUUCUGAUUUUUGGGUAUUCGAGUUUGACCAAUCUGGUUCGGUUGUAUCUUCUGGAAGAAAUGACGUGACCAAAUUAACUCAAGUAAGUUAUCAAGCAGGAAAGUCAUACCUGAUACCUGCAUUGUGCGGGCCGUUAAUUCCAAUCUACAUAUAUCUUCUGUCUCUAAUAAUAAAAAUAAAAAAAAAAAAAUAGAAAAAAGAUCCUCUUGAAUCUGCAAUUAAGAAUCCAGAUCGCCCGAAAUCGCAUGAAAUCCACAUGUGAUGUGAUGUGAUGUCCCACACUUCAGAUGUUUCAUACAGUUGCGGUUCAUGUGGAUACCCUUUGAAUUUAGCAUCCUCAAAUCGUAUUACGUCUGACAUAGACUCUAAAUACCGUAAAUCCAUUAGAAAAGGUUCGAUAUCUUUUGAAUCCAUUGAUCUUAGUCGAUUCACUCAAUUAGACGAGGCAUCUUGUUUGCCUAUUUGUUUGCACGGGCGUGGUUCAAAGACAAAGUUGUUAUGUCGGCAGUGUGGUGUUCAUAUCGGAUAUGGAUAUGUGAAUGCACAUACACUACAUGAUACUGAAUCAUCUACUGUAUCUAACUCAGACUAUAAGCAAAUUGUUAUAAAGAUUCGAGCUUUACAGCCUGUAGAUAGAUACUAA